AUGCUGUCUCGAAAUCAAGGUGGGGUUAGCAGCCCGAAAGACUUAGACAUCGAACAUUACAGUGCAUUCGAGCGUGCUCUGCGACGCACAUUGGAGACUGAUGUAGCAGAGCAAAUAUAUGCAGAAGUGGUUGAUGGCUUACCAUUGAAAGCCUCAUAUUUGGAUUUCCAGUUUCCGCAAGACGGGCAUCCUGCACUUGAACACGAGGAACUUUCGGAGGGCUUGCUUGAAGCAUUCAGGAAAACGUCACCUCAGUCUAAAGAAUUUUAUUUGAGGCUUCUGGAGCUCCUUGCAGUUAGCUGCCAUAAGUUCGCGGUUGAGAUCUUUCAGCUCGACGAUGUUACCCAAAGACAUAAAAUCUACGAUGCUUGGAGAGAUUCUCCGCGAGAUAUGACGAAAUGGGACUCAUUCCGAGACCCAACGGCUUUUUCGCAUGGACCUUACAUUGCAGUUGAUCAAUAUCCAAACGGGGCUGCAGAUAGUGUAGGAUACUGGGUUGAAGCCAGAACAUUUGGUAGCGUCGUUGUGUUCGACAGAGGUGAAGAUGGCACCGCGAGUCGACAAAUAUACUUCCAUGGAUGCCGCAGAAAGGGACCACGAACGAUAUAUCCUCCAACAGACCAGCAAUUCGAACAAAUGAUUCACUUUCUUAUUGACGACAGUGACGGUCAUGAUACAGUCUCGGCCCAUCCUUUCCCUAUCCUAGCGACAUCGCAGAACCGUUGGCGCUGGGAUCCUUGGGAGGCAAUGACGCACUACAAUAUCUAUCGUGACAAAUUUGAGCAUAAAGUCAGCUCCACAAAGAGGAAGACGUGUGUUCUUGACUCUAUUGACUGGCCCGAGGUCAAAGAUAACUUGUUCCUUAUAAAUGCGAUGCAUGAUCGCUUGGAGGGGAAGCCAGUGGAUGAAGACGAGAUUGCUGCAGCUAAAGAGGGGCUGACCAAGAUUACUCCCUCAUCGCCGCUAUGGUCAAACGAAGCGCGGAGAUACCAGGGAAUAUAGAAGAUGAAGAUGUUUAUCAAUUAAAAGCCCUUUUUCUUUAUAGUAGCUAUUACCAGAGGGUUGUUCAUGAAUUAAUCUCUGUGUUGGGAGAAAAUCG